CUAUCAGAUAGGUGUAUUUAAAUAGUUUAUAGUAUUUACUUUGCAACAGUAAUCGCUUUAGAAAAUAAGUGUACCUAGUAUGUCAUCGGAUAGUUUUCGUCUUACUAAUUAUGACUCGUGUAUGGUGUAUGUAUUCUGUUUUUUAAGCUGCAAUUAAACUUAAAUUUGUUUUGAUUGUUUAUAUUUACUGUGCGAAAUAAGUUAAUAUUAAUGUAAGAGAUAUAAUUUUGUAAUUAUACUGGCUUAUUUGUGUAUUACAUUAACCAUCGUAAAAUGAUACAUCCCUGAAUUUAACUCACAAAUAUAUAAUAAUGGCCAAUACUGGUGUUCUACCUUUUGUUCGUGGAAUAGAUUUCAGUAAUAACGAUUUUGAGAAAUGCAAGUUCCCUUGUGCUGUAAAGUCAAUGUCUAGUGUUCAAUGGCUUAACUUAAAUAGAGUUAAAUUACAUGAAAUUCCUUUGGAAAUUGGAAAACUUGGAAAAUUGGAACAUUUAUCAAUUGCCCACAAUAAUAUAGAAAAACUACAUGGAGAACUCACAGAUUUAUGUUCUUUGCGAACAUUAAUUGCUCGUCACAAUUGUAUUAAAAGUUCUGGAAUACCCCCAGAACUUUUUUGUAACAAUGACAGCUCAACUGAAUUGACUACUUUAGAUUUAAGUCAUAAUCGUUUAACAAGGAUCCCCGAGGGACUAGAGUCAUCUUCUUGUUUAUUAGUGCUCAACUUAUCUCAUAACAGGAUCAGUUCUAUUCCAAAUCAGUUAUUUGUUCAUCUAACUGACUUAUUGUCAUUAGAUUUAAGUAAUAAUGAUUUGCAGACUUUGCCUCCGCAAAUGCGAAGAUUGACAAAUUUACAAACAUUGAUAUUAAAUAAUAAUCCACUAGAUCACUUUCAAUUAAGGCAAUUGCCAUCAAUGAAGAACUUGACUAUGCUUCAUAUGAGGAACACACAUCGAAAUUUGACUAAUAUGCCACCAAGUCUUGAAUCAUUGACUGCUCUUACAGAUUUAGAUUUAAGUUGCAAUCAAUUACCUAAAGUUCCAGAUGCUCUUUAUACAUUAAUAAAUUUAAAAAGAUUAAAUUUAUCUUCAAAUGUUAUUACAGAACUGUCACUGGCAUUAGAAGUGUGGCAAGAACUUGAAGUAUUACAACUUUCUGAUAAUGAAUUAACAUCACUUCCAUCAUCAUUAUGUAAAUUAUCAAAUCUUAAAAGAUUAUAUAUUAAUUACAAUAAAUUAAAUUUUGAUGGGAUUCCAUCCGGCAUUGGCAAACUUUCUGCUUUAGAAGUUUUUUCUGCAUGUGGAAACAUUUUGGAAAUGAUACCCGAAGGCCUUUGUCGGUGUGGUAAUUUAAAAAAACUUUUGCUGGGUUCAAAUAAAUUAAUUACUUUACCUGAUACAAUUCACUUAUUAAAAGAUAUUGAAGUAUUAGAUUUAAAUAAUAACCCAGAUUUGAUAAUGCCACCAAAACCUACUAGUUUGGCUACUGAAGGAUUACAAUUUUACAAUAUUGAUUUUUCUCUUCAAAAUCAGUUAAGGCUUGCAGGAGCUGUUGUUCCUAAUUCAGUGCAGCCUACACAAACAGUGAAUCGUGAUCCAAUUGCAAGAAAAUUGCGGCUACGUAGAAGUAAAAGAGACCACGAAGAAGAGAAACAAGCCAAAAUUCUGAAGGGUAUGCAAGACAUAGCAAAUGACAAAAAUAAUGAAAGUUUUAAUGAUUCAAUAAAAGUUGAAUCUCUAAAGCCUAAAAGAUGGGAUGAAUCAUUGGAAAAACCAGCAGUUGACUAUGGAGAACUAUUUGAAGAAGGCACUGGAAGAUUGCCUGGUCUUAGUGUUUGGGAGAUAGAAAACUUUUUGCCUAACAUGGUUGAUGAAGUGGCCCAUGGAAAAUUAUAUCGAGGAGAUUGUUAUAUUGUUCUACAUACUAUUAUUAACGAAAAUUCAGAUAACUUAUAUUGGAAAAUAUAUUUUUGGAUUGGUGACAAUGCUUCACUUGAUAAAAGAGCAUGUGCUGCUAUACAUGCUGUGAAUUUAAGAAAUUUUUUGGGUGCUGAGUGCAGAACUAUUCGUGAAGAAUUGGGUGAAGAGUCUGAUGAAUUUAUAUCAUUAUUUGAUUCACCAUUAGUUUAUAUAGAUGGUGGACGAACAACGAGUGGAUUUUAUACAGUUGAAGAUAUUACUUAUGCUACUCGCAUGUUCAGAGUACAUGCACAUGGCACAUCUGUCCAUUUAGAACCCGUCAAGUUGUGUUAUUCAUCAUUGGACAUCAAUUAUGUAUUUGUUUUAGAUUCCGGACUUACUAUUUUCUUAUGGCAAGGCCCUAAAGCAAAAAAUACACUUAAAUCAAAAGCCAGGCUUUUAGCAGAAAAAAUCAAUAAAAAUGAAAGAAAAAACACUGCUGAAAUCAUUCUUGAGGAGUAUGGUGAGGAAAGCAAAGCAUUUCGGGAUUUAUUAGAAAUGGAUGAUGACUUUAACUCUGCUACAGAUGUACAAGCUCAUGUAUCAGAUAAUUUUGAACCACCCCGUCCACGUCUUUACCAAGUAAAAUUAGGUAUGGGCUACUUGGAGUUGCCUCAAGUUGAAAUUUUUCACAACAACUUAGAACAUUCACUUUUGAGUUCAAAAAAUGUUUAUAUUUUAGACUGUUCUAUUGAUUUAUAUGUUUGGUUUGGUAAGAAAUCAACCAGAUUGGUAAGAGCAGCUGCUGUUAAGUUGUCACAAGAGUUAUUUUCUAUGAUUGAGCGUCCAGAUUUCGCACUAACUAUUAGAAUUCAAGAAGGUACUGAGCCUCAAAUAUUUAAGAUUCGGUUUGUUGGAUGGGAGGAAGUAAUUGCAGUAGAUUUUACUCGUACUGCUGAAUCUGUACAAAAAACCGGUGCUGAUUUAACUAAAUGGGCAAUGAAACAAGAGACAAAACAUGAUUUAGCUGCCCUAUUUACUCCCCGACAGCCAUCGAUGUUAUUCACUGAAGCGAUGCAAUUGAUGCAAGAUUGGAAUGACGAUCUUGAUCAGAUGGAAUCAUUUGUUUUAGAAGGGAAAAAAUUUGUUCGGUUACCAGAAGAUGAGUUAGGUCAUUUUUAUAGCAAAGAUUGUUAUGUAUUCUUGUGUCGCUAUUGGGUGCCAGUUGAUGAUGAAGAUGGUAUUGAUGAUACUACGGAUAAUCAACCAGAAGAAGAUUUCCAAUGUGUUGUUUAUUUUUGGCAAGGCCGUGAAGCUUCAAAUAUGGGUUGGUUAACAUUUACAUUUAGUUUAGAAAAACAAUUUAAAGCCAUGUUAGGAGAAAAAUUGGAAGUAGUUCGAACUCAUCAGCAACAAGAAAAUAUUAAGUUUUUAUCACAUUUCAAAAGAAGAUUUGUAAUCCAUUCUGGCAAAAGAAAAGAAAAGCCAUCUCCUGUUGAACUCUAUCAUUUGAGAUCUAAUGGUAGUGCACUAUAUUCCCGACUUAUUGAGAUUAAACCUGAUGCCAGAAAUUUAAAUUCAGCCUUUUGUUAUAUCGUAAGAGUACAGUUUGAUCAAGAAGACACAAAUGGAAUUGUUUAUUUAUGGAUAGGCUCUAAAGCUGACCCAGAAGAUAUUAAACUUGCUGAAGGAAUUGCUGAUGAGAUGUUUAAUGACGCAUGGACAAGUCUUCAAGUUCUCAAUGAAGGGGAAGAACCCAAUAACUUUUUUUGGGUAGCGUUAGGAGGAGAAAAACCAUAUGAGUGUGACGCUGACUAUAUGAAUUACACUAGACUCUUUCGAUGUUCUAAUGAAAAAGGGUAUUUUACUAUAUCAGAAAAAUGUUCAGACUUUUGUCAAGAUGAUUUAGCAGAUGAUGAUAUCAUGAUUUUGGAUAAUGGUGAACAGGUAUUCAUGUGGAUUGGUGCAAGAAGCAGUGAAGUUGAAAUAAAACUUGCUUAUAAAUCUGCGCAGGUGUAUAUACAACAUUUAAGAGCUAAGCAGCCAGAAAAACCACGGAAAUUAAUGUUGGCAUUGAAAAACAAGGAAUCGCGUCGUUUUACUAAAUGUUUUCAUGGAUGGAAUGUUCAUAAAAAAACUCCAGAAUAAUUUAAUAUGGAACUCUGUACUUAACUGUGUUCUUCAAAAACUUUUUUUUAUCUAUUUAUUAAAUAUGUUUAUUUUA